UUAAAAAGAUUUAUUUAAUGUAUUAAGUACACAGUUGCUUUCCUUGGACACACCAGAAGAGGGCAUGGGAUUCCAUUACAGAUGGUUGUGAGCCACCAUGAGAUUGCUGGGAAUUGAACUCGAAGAACAGUCAGUGCCCUUAAGUCUCUCCAGCCCAACAAAAUUAUAGUUAUGAGAUGGCAAUGAGGAUAAUUUUAUGGUUGGGGGUCACCCACCAUGAGGAACUGUAUUACAAGUACACACACACACACGCGCGCGCGCGCGCGCGCACUCACACACACACAUACACGUGCGCGCGCACACUCACACGCACUCACACACAAGAAGCCAUGAACCAAAAAAAAAAAAAAAUCAGAAAAGGGGGGUGGGCUGCUUGGCUCCCAGUGGCGUCACGAGUGGCGUCACGGGUGUUCUGUGACGCGGCUCCUCUGUGACGGUGGCAACAGCACAGCAGCGGGAGGGUCGCAGACUCCAGGGCUGAGUCUGCCGCGCCGUCCGGGGCUCACGCAGGGUCCUACCCGGCGGCGCGAGGCAGCUGAGGGAGGGCCGAGGGCUUUGGCUGCUGCGACUUCGGCUUCCCUGAGGGGUAGCCCAGGUCAGGAUGCGGCGGAGCCCCCGCCCAGGCUCGGCCGCAUCCUCCCACAAUCACACACCCAACUUCUACAGCGAGAACAGCAAUAGUUCCCACAGCGCGACUUCGGGGGACAGCAAUGGGCGCCGGUCCGCUGGGCCGGAGCUCGGGGAGCCCGAGGGCAGAAGGGCCCGGGGCUCCAGCUGUGGUGAGCCCGCCUUAAGCUCAGGAGUGCCCGGAGGAGACACAUGGGCAGGAAGCUCUCGGCCGAAGCUGGCGCCUCGGAGCCACAAUGGGCAGACCGCCUGUGGCGCGGCAACCGUGAGGGGCGGGGCCUCGGAACCGUCUGGGUCUCCUGCAGUCUUGGAGGAACAACUCAACCUUCUCCCGAUACUGGAUCUGAGGCAGGAGAUGCCUCCCCCGCCGGUGUCCAAGAGCUUCCUGAGCCUCUUCUUUCAGGUGCUCAGCGUGUUUUUAUCCUUGGUAGCCGACGGGCUGGUCUGUGUGUACAGGGAAAUCUGCUCCAUCCGCUUCCUGUUCACCGCUGUGUCGCUCCUGAGCAUUUUUCUGGCAGCACUCUGGUGGGGGCUCCUGUACCUGAUCCCUCCUUUGGAGAAUGAACCUAAGGAGAUGCUGACUCUAAGCCAAUACCACCACCGCGUGCACUCCCAGGGCCAGCAACUGCAGCAGCUCCAGGCAGAACUGAGUAAACUCCACAAGGAGGUGACCAGUGUUCGUGCAGCCCACAGUGAGAGAGUGGCCAAGCUCGUGUUCCAGAGGCUGAAUGAGGACUUCGUGCGCAAGCCUGACUAUGCAUUGAGCUCUGUGGGAGCCUCCAUCGACCUGGAGAAGACAUCCAGUGACUACGAGGACCGGAAUACUGCCUACUUCUGGAACCGAUUAAGCUUCUGGAACUACGCCCGCCCACCCUCUGUCAUAUUGGAGCCAGAUGUGUUCCCUGGAAAUUGCUGGGCUUUUGAAGGUGAGCAAGGCCAGGUGGUGAUCCGACUGCCAGGUCAUGUGCAGUUAAGCGACAUCACCCUGCAGCACCCUCCACCCACUGUGGCACACACCGGAGGAGCCAGCAGUGCGCCCCGGGACUUCGCAGUCUUUGGGCUCCAAGCUGAUGAUGACGAGACUGAAGUGUUCUUGGGAAAAUUCAUCUUUGAAGUGCAGAAAUCUGAAAUUCAGACUUUCCACCUCCAGGGCUCCUCUGAGCAGAAUUCAGGUUGUUAGGCUCAUGCGGCAAACGCUACCCAGGAGUGAGCAAUCUCGCAGUGUCCUUCUCAUGCUUCUGAAAUGGUCUUCUGUGGCUCUGGCUGUCCUCUACAUGGUAAGCAUGACUCCGGCAUGCUUUAGGCCUGAGAACAACCCCAGCACCAAACAAAACAAAGCAGUCACUGAGGAAGGUAUAUAUUAUUAUUCAUAUACAGAUAUAUUUUUUAAAAGGAUGGCAUAUAAAAAAUAAAUUUGCAUAUCGAGUAUAAAAACAUGAAAUGGUAACAGCUGAGGGGAAAAUAUUUUCAUCAUGUAAGAACAUCAGAAUAAAAGCUCUAACAGCUCGAGAACAGGUGACUGAGAAACAAGGAAAUGUGUGAAAUAAUGGAAGAAAAUGGAAAGUAGGUCUGGAGAAGGAAGGUGAGCACGGGCUAACAUGAGAUGACCACACUUCUCUGUAAUAACUGCUAACAUUCUAAAUAUCCCCUGCGGUCUACCGUUUCCACAUUAAAAACCAAUUUCUCAAAA